AAGGGCCCUCAUAGAGUGGAGCCGACAGUGGAGCGUGGGAUGUCUCCAGCAGGUGUAAACAUGGAUUUGUUGUGUGGUCCGUUGGGUUUGGGCGUGGUAGCCGGACUGGGAUGCGGGCUCCUUCUCGGUUGGCACCUUCGCCGCCGCUUCGCCCCAGUAUCCAAGAGCCUGAUGGAGGCGAUGGGGAACGGCGAGGCCAGUGUGAUGGAAGAAGGAGGCGAGUUCAAGAUGGUCCUGGUGGUCCGUAACGACCUGAAGAUGGGCAAGGGGAAGGCCGCCGCCCAGUGCUCCCACGCUGCCGUGUCGGCGUACAAGCAGGUCCAGCGCAGGAACCCCGAGCUUCUCAAACAGUGGGAGUACUGCGGCCAGCCCAAGGUGGUGCUGAAGGCCCCCGAUGAGGACACCCUGAUCGACCUGCUGGGUCGCGCCAAAGAGUUGGGGCUUCCUGUCAGCCUGAUCCAGGACGCAGGACGGACACAAAUUGCACCAGGGUCCCGCACUGUGCUGGGAAUCGGCCCGGGCCCGGCAGAUCUGAUUGAUAGUGUCAGUGGAGAGUUGAAGCUCUACUAGAGUUCCAGCUUCCACCCGUUGGACUCGCAAACAAUUCCCUUUUGUAGAUAAAACAAUUUGGAACUUACAGCUGAGCUUUAUUGAGUUUAUAUUUUUAUAUAAGACAAUUAUGUUUUAGAAAUCAGUGACUCUUGGAUCAGUUAUAACAGCUUCAUGUGUGUUUCUUUACUGACCGUCCUGUGACAUGUGAUGAAGACAAUUUUAUUGUUGGUUUCAUUAAAAUCUCAGCACUGUUAAAUGACAGUUAUGACCCAUAGAUUAUCUUCUCAAUGAUAAUCAAUCUACAAAAUAAAUUGUGAAAUUAGAAAAGUCUUCAUAUUGUAAAGUGUUAAAUGCUUAUUAAAACACUGCAGGUCACCGCAUUGCAGCUGGUGAGCCACAUGGAUAUCAUGUUAAUAGUGGACGUCUUGUAGAUUUUGUUAAAAAACUGAAACGUAUGAAAUGUUUUUCCUGCUCUCAUCUGCCCCAUUAGCUACAACUGUGAAAUACUUGAUUCUCAUUGUUACCUCCAGCAAGGAGCUUAUGUUUUCACUCCUGUCCAUGAGCAAGAUUAUGCAAAAUUAAUUUAGAAGAUUACUACCAAACCUGGUGGAAGGAUACGGUCUGCAUCAGGGAUGAACCCAGUACAUUAAUGUGCAGAUCUAGAGUAAGAAAAUGUUUUUCUUCAUGUAACAUUGAAUAAUCUGACGUUGCAGCCGAUUUCUCAAGAACAAUUCAUGGAACUUGACGAAAAAGAAUUGAGUAAUUUAAGGGUGCACAUCCAAAUAAAAACCUGAAUCUUGAGAAUUUAAA